AUGGCGGGGAGUGGCGAGCCCGUUAUCCUCGAGGACUACCUGCUGGUGGAAGAUGGACCUCUGCUGGAGGAGAUGGCUGAGGAGGAUGAAGAGCUCGACCUGUACAAUGAAAUGACUUUUGGGUUAGACCAAGCCUCCACUGAGGAGGAUGCCCCAAAACCUCUGAUAUCUCUGGAGAUGAGACCUGAGCUGGUCACAGUGGUGACGGAAGAGACUGAUGCCAGAGAUGAACCCAGGCCUGGAGUUGUUGAAGAGCCAGAGGAGGUAGGGGAGCCCCAGAAGGAAGGAGGGAUGGAGCUGGAUGUUGAGCAGAUUGGCUCUGAGCUGGAGGAAGAGGAGGAAGAACAGCUGGGGACUGAGGAACAGGAGGAAGACCUGGAACCCCAUGACCUGGGAGACCCAGCGGUGAUGAGAGCUGUGCAGAGCAAACCCACGCUGGAGAGCCAGGACUCGGCAGUGCUGGACAGCAGGGUUGGUGCUUGCUGGGCAGAGCUCAGCAAAGAGGAUACGCUGGCAAUGGAUCGGGUGGUAUGGGGUUCCUGCCCCAGCAACAUCCCACCCCACCAUAUGCUGGAGGACAAAGCCAUCCUCCAGGUGCUGGAGCAGCCUCCACCAUCUACCAAUGUGGUCCUUGACUUUCUUGGCUCCCCUGUACAGAGGGGCUACAGAGGCUCUCCCUGCCUCAAGCGUCCUGACUUAAGACUGAUGUCCCCCCAGUCCUUCCCCCAGCAAUUUCUCCAGCAGGAGUCACCCCUGCUGCCCCGCUCCCCGACCUCCCCUCGUCCCUUCACGAUGCCUCGCAGACCCUCUCCGCUCUUUGCUUCCAACCAGACUGCAGGGUAUGCAUCUCCAGCCCCUUUCCAGCCCAUGUCACCUCCCAUCAGCAGGCCACCACGCCCUCUAGCCAUGCACUUUGGUCCAGUGUCUCCCUCUUUGGACCCCACUGUCUUCUUCAGCCCAGCAGCCAGCAGCCAGCUGAACUUGAGUGUGCCCAGCCAUAUGACCCAGCUGCACCCCCAGCACCAGCGGAUCCUGACCCAGCGGCAGCAAGAAGGGCAGAGCAUCUCCUCCAAGAAGCGGUGGUCUACUAAAGUGGACCCUUAUGCUGGGCUGAUGACCUCCAAGGAGAAGGACUGGGUCAUCAAGGUUGAGAUGAUCCAGCUGCAGAGUGAGAACAUGGAUGAUGAUGACUACUACUACCAGAUGUACUACCACCGCCUGGAGCGCAAACAGGCAGAAGAGGAGCUGCUCGGCAAGCGAAGCAAGCAGGAACCCCCCAAGCUGGUUACACCAUUUAUCCAGAAAGUGGAGACGUACAACUCUGUGGUGCGCAUCGCUGGCUCGCUGGGCCAGGUUGCGGUGUCCACCUGCUACAGCCCUCGCCGGGCCAUCGAUGCUGUGCACCAUGCCCUGGUGGAGGAGGAGGUAGGGAGCUACCGGCUUCGGGCGCUGCACAGGAUCGAGAAGCUUUUUCUGCAGCUGCUGGAAGUGGAGGAGGUCCAGCGGAAGAUGUCUCAGGCCCUGGAGGAGCAGCAGCCCAGCUGUCAGGAGCAGAAGAGCCAGGAAGUGGAAUAUAUCUACCAAGCCUUGAAAAUCGGGGCUUGCAGCAGUGAGGAGGAGGCUGAGGAUGAGUUCCUGCAACUCCUUUGUGUGCAGAAGGGCAAGAAGCUGACAGCCCGGCUGCUGCCCCACCUGAUUCAGGAGCAAGCAGAGAAGAUCCUCCUGACCAUCACCCACCACCUGCCCUUCCUCAUGAAGAAGGACAUGUUGGAUGAGUCUCUCUCCCUGCUCUAUAGCCCAUUAAACAAGGUGGUGGGUAGGAUGACCUUCAGCAAACUCAUCGAGGUCCUGCAGGAGAUGACCAGGCCUUGGCCCAAGUCCCCUGAGCUCCCUCUCACCAUGGCCUUGAAGAACCAGUUUGGGAUCUCCUUGCUCUACUCGCUGCUGAGUCAUGGUGAGAGGCUACUGUCCUCUGAUGUGCCGCUGGAGCCCUGUGGCAGGGACUUCGAGCUGUGGACUGACACGGUGUUCCUAGUUGCUCGGGAGCUGUCACAAGUGCCCAAGGCCUUGUUGGUGGAGCCUCUCUUCUUGCCCAGCAACCUUCUCUCGCUCUUCUGCCGCUACCUGGACAAGCAGACGGUCCACCACCUGGAAACCAAGAUGGAGUGCUCCCCGCUGGAGGCUGCCAUGCCCUGCUGA